AAAGGAUUUGGUAGCGCCAGCCGAGCGUCCAAGCUACCGUGAGCUGUAAACGCAUCUAACAGAUUCUUCUUUUCUUCGUCAUGGCUGUUGAAGUAUCCCACGGCCGCGGCGGGGCUGGCAACAUUGACGAGGACGAUACAAAAUACGUCGACGGUGAGGUGGUGCGAUCUGGCGUCGAGGGCAGCCAUGGCGACGGCGCAUUCAGCUCAGGUCGAGGAGGCGCUGGCAACAUCUCCGACAUUGGAACCGCUGCAUCUCAGCGCAAGGACGCAGAUGCCAUCCCGGAAGAGGCCUUUCGACCGAGCCAGGACACUCAGGGAUUUCACACUGGCCGCGGCGGUGCGGGCAAUGAGCACCACAUCAAGGACGAACACGCGGAAGCGAAGCCUCGCCCAGUUGCGCCCGUAGGCCUGGCAGACAAGCUAAAGACAAAGCUGUUUGGCGUCUUCAAACACUGAGCAGCUCACGACAACAUGGAGAGCUGGUUGAGGGUUCCUGAGGGCUGUUUGUUUAUUGGUCGAAUAAUGGAGUACAAUGGUUGGAGAGCGUAUGCCAUCUAUGAUAUCCUGCUUUGAGUUUCGACGUGUCAGGCUUGUUAGCUGUCUGCAUCAAGGUGUACAGUCCCCGUAAUGCUGUCACUGGCGGAUGACAUGCAAAGUAAUAAGCGCAAUAAAGUUUUCUGUCAGCUCG